AAAAAAAUAUAAAAAAAAAAAAAAAAAACUCCAAACUCAAAAUGACACCACCAACAAACACCACCACCUACGCCGUGUCGGCCACUUCAGCCGCCACCGGAUUCCGGUGGAGCUCUCCAAUACCAUACCUGUUCGGAGGUUUGGCUUUGAUGCUAAUCCUAAUAGCGUGUGCAUUGAUCAUCUUAGUGUGCUCUUACAAGAGACCAUAUUCUUCUUCAAACUCGUCGGAAAACGGCACCGGUGAUCAAGAAAAGACAUCAACGCCGGAGUUUCGUAUGGAGUUGUCGCCGGAAAUGGAGCCGAAAAUCGUCAUAGUUAUGCCCGGAGAUAUUAACCCCACCUACCUUUUAAAGCCUGCUCCACCCAUCGGCGUCUCUGAUCAUCUUGAUCAAGAAACAUGAAAGUAGUUGUUCACAAAACUAAUUCAAGAAAGGUGUAACGUUUUGGUACUAGCAAGUAGCCAAGUAGCAACACGUAACUUUGUAAUUUUAGUCCAACGUAUGCGUAAUGGUAUGAUGUAACCUUACUUGUAUAAAUACCUCAUCAUCAUGUAGUUUCUGUG